AUGCUCGCCUCCCCGCAGGUGGCCAGCGCCGCGCCGCCGGGCCACAAGGCCUACACGGAGCUGUACCGCCCGCAGUACCACUUCAGCCCGGCGAAAAACUGGAUGAACGACCCCAAUGGCCUCAUAUACCAUGACGGCGUCUACCACCUGUACUACCAGUACAACCCCGGCGGGACCACGUGGGGCGCCAUGUCGUGGGGCCACGCGACGAGCAGGGAUCUCACGCAGUGGACGGAGCACCCGGUUGCGCUGCAGGCGCGCGGGUUCCCGGAUAAUAUUACGGAGAUGUAUUUCUCUGGUUCUAUUGUUGUUGAUGAGCGGAAUACGAGUGGGUUUGGGAAAAAGGGAAAGGUGCCCUGGGUUGCGAUGUAUACGUCUUAUUAUCCCUUAGAACAGACGCUGCCCAGUGGCAAACACGUCCGCAAAGACCAGCAGGCGCAGUCCAUCGCGUAUAGUCUCGAUCAAGGCAUGACCUGGACAACGUACGACGCAGCAAACCCCAUCAUCGCCGAACCACCAGCCCCCUACCAAGACCAAGUCCUGGAGUUCCGUGACCCCAACGUCUUCUGGCACGACGAGACCCGCCAGUGGAUUGCAGUAGUCAGUCUGGCAAAACUCCACAAGAUCCUCAUCUACACAUCGAACAACCUAAAGGACUGGAAGCUGGCGAGCGAGUUCGGACCAGUGAAUGCCGUCGGCGGCGUCUGGGAAUGUCCCAGCAUCUUCCCACUCUCGCUUGACGGAGGCGACGACCUCAAAUGGAUCCUCAUGCUCGGUUUGAACCCCGGUGGGCCUCCAGGGACAGUCGGCUCCGGAUCGCAGUACAUCGUCGGCAACUUCAACGGAACCACCUUCACCGCGGAUCCGGAGAGCAUCUAUACCCCGGAGGAUCAGGACUCCCAGGUCGCGAACUGGCUCGACCACGGCCCGGAUUUCUACGCGGCCCUCGGAUUCAACGGUCUCCCCCAAGACAAGCGCACGGUCAUCGCGUGGAUGAACAACUGGCAGUACGGCGGCGUCAUUCCGACGGAUCCGUGGCGCAGUGCGAUGUCGGCCCCGCGACACCUUGAGCUCAAGACGAUCGACGGAAAGGCGACGAUUGUGAGCGAGCCCGCGGCACGUCUGAAGACACAGGGUGGGCGGACAUUUACCUUCCGUCGGCUGGACGGUGAGCGCGAGCUUGGCCGGCUGGGCAAGGCGCUGGAGAUUGAGCUUUCCUUCUCGAGAAAGGCUACGGAGGGCGAGUUUGGAAUUGCCCUCGCUGCCACGAAGGAUUAUAGCCAGGAAACCCGCGUUGGAUACGACUUUGCCGCGGGGCAGGUCUUUGUUGAUCGAUCUCGCUCGGGCGAAGUCGGCUUUGAUGGCACGUUUGCGAGCAGGUACUAUGCGCCGCUAUCCUUGGGCGCUGAUGGGCGUGUCUCUUUGCGGAUUAUGCUUGACUGGUCCAGUGUUGAGGUCUUUGGGGGUGAUGGGGAGGCAACGAUCACGAGCCAGAUUUUCCCGUCCAAGGACGCGGUGUAUAGUCGACUCUUUUCUACUGGCGGAGAAACUGGCAACGUCAAGGUGGGCGUAAAGGAGGUGCGCUCGGCGUGGCGGUAG